AUGUUAGCCGUUAUGUACAUUUUCUCAAGUAUAAUAAUUGCAACUGCUAUAAUGCGCUCACUAGUUAGUGGAUCCAUGGCUCUUAAUGGUACUUCAGAGUAUAUUCUACAAUUUGAUAAAGCGUGGGAAGAAUCUAAUAAAAACUGGGAUGAUUAUAUUCAGUUUAAAACAUUUUCUUGCAAUAAAACCGACUGUUGCAUUAUGGGUGCAAACUGCCUGAAUUUUACUAAAGAUUUUACAUUCCCCAUUGAAGAUGCUUUGAUAGUAUUAGUGCUGUGCUUUGGUCCCCCUUAUUAUUCGUAUAUUGAGGACAAGAUAGCUGGUCUGUACGGACCAGCAGGAUCGAUUGAACAGAUUGGUUAUUGA